ACCCAGAAAACUCAUCAUCAAUCACAAAAACAAACCAACCCAGUUUUCCUUUUACAUUGGUUUCCUGGAUUUUCAAUUAUUUCCCAUGAACCACCUUCUAUAAUAUCUUUCUUACACGUAAAGAACAAAAUGGGAGACUGGGAGAAAAAGAAGCAUCUGAUAAAUGAGCUUGCAGAAGGGAGAGAGCUAGCAAAGCAACUCCAGAGCCAUCUGAAUCUGGCUUGUUUUCCGGAUGAAACUCGACAAGUUUUAGUUCAGAAGAUUAUAGCUUCCUAUGAGAAGGCACUUUUUGUGCUGAACUGCAGUACUGUUGGUACCUCGCCAACACCAGGAGGAGCUGCUACAAUUGGCAUUAAAUCUGAAUCAACUCCUCAUCUAAAUGGAAGUCCCAGGAGCGAUCAAGACUCCGAUCCCGAGCACCGUAAUACUGGGUCGGGGAAGAGAAAGAGCAAUCCAAGGUGGACUAAACAAGUGAGAGUCAGCCCAGGAAUUGGACUAGAAGGCCCUCUUGAAGAUGGGUUUAGCUGGAGAAAAUAUGGCCAGAAAGACAUUCUUGGAGCCAAACAUCCAAGAGGAUACUAUAGAUGCACUCACCGACACGUCCGAGACUGUUUAGCCACAAAACAAGUGCAAAGAUCAAAUGAAGACCCCACAAUCUUAGAGGUUACCUACAGAGGAAGCCACGUUUGCAACCAAUCCACCGAUCAUCCAUCAAUUCCUUCAACAUCAUCACCACCACCUGAUCAAACUCAUCAAAACCCAACUCACCGGCCUCCGGCAAACCAAUCGGAAGAGGAGCUACUCAUGAACUACUUCCGCACUGGCCUUAAAGUCCUAACAAAUGACUUGGAAACUACUACUCAUCAAGUCCAUACCUUAACUUUCCCUUCAUCUCACUUCCCUUCUAACUCCAAUGUCCUUAUCAACAAUCCCAAAAACCAGUUUUCUCCUGUCCAAAACAAUCUGGCUGAGAAUUUUGCACCAUUUCUAUCUCCUGCAACAUCUGGGACCAGCUAUUUCUCUGCGUCUCCAAGUGGGUUGAAUAGUUUUGGAGGUAACAGUACUAGUUAUUACCAGAACUUUCAGAGUGAUCAGUUGACAGAGAUAAUCUCCUCAUCGGCGGCAACUUCAGGUACUAAUUCUCCCACAAUUGGUUUGGAUUUCCAGUUUGGGAAUGCUGGUCAUGAGUACUUUGAUACCCACUUCACAUUUGACCAUCCGCAUGGAUUCUUUCCCUAAUUCAAUUCAGGGUUUGUACAAGUGACCAAACUGGAGAUAGCAUCUUUAGUGCACCUUAGAUAGGCAUUCGAUCGAAGAGAUUCAGUUUUCCUGCUGUUAAUUAUACAAAACAUCAUGAUUUUUCACCUGUUAGGGCAUCUCCAACCAUGGAUUGGAAAUUAGGGAUGUAAUUUAAAUUUUGCAUGCAUGAAUAGUUGUGUUUUAGGGGUUGAAAUUUUUUUUGAUUGCAAUGGGGAGUUGUAUAAUGGAUAUGCAAUUUAAUAUUUAAGACUAAAGCCCAAAUUGAAGGCCCAUUGUAAUUCCGGUCCGAUACUAUUUAUACUUGUUAAAUGCAUUGGAAUGUCUGAAUUUUUUAUUU